GGCGAACCAAACGAGCAAGCAACAGAAGGUGCCCGCACAACAACAGGUGUCCCCGAUGUUUCCUCCUCAGCUACAACCCAUUCAGCCCACACCCGCGCCUCAGUUUGCACCUCAGGCGGCCCACGUACCGCCGCACUUUUUGGUGAUGCAGCCUGGGCAGCAAGCUCAGCAGGUUCCUAUCAUGCAGCCGCAACAGCAACAACAACAACAACAGCAGCAACAACAGCAACAGCAGCAGCCCCUAAUGUGGAAGGCCAACACUGGAAGGGAUCCCAAUCCUCGCUUUCCGGCCCCACACCGCAACCCGAACCAGUCGUUCAUGCCCCCGCCUGAUGUGAUGCAAUCGAUCAGGAAGCAGGACCUGCGGCUUCAGCAGCCGAGCCAUGUGCAAAGCCCGAGUCCAGGCCAGGGGCAGGGGCAAGCUCUCCCCCGUUUGGAUGCGGCCACUCACGGGGGGAGCUCUCAGGGAGCAAGUGAGGAGGUAAAGGCGGCGAAUAAUAAGACCGCAGUUGCCUCUGCGGCCGUUAAAAGUGAGCAUGAAGAGAAGGCAAGCGGGUGGGGAAAGACGAACGGCGGUGUUUCUUCUUCGGAGUAUGAUGGUUCCGGAUGGGGGGACGAAGAAGACGGGCAAUACUGAGAGGGGAGGGGCUCAGAGUCUAUUUGCGCCAAGGAUGAAACGAGGCCGGCAGAUCUUUCUGGACCGCCGCACUUUCCGGAAUGGUUUCACCAUAUCCAGCGCCGGAGCAGGCAGUGGCGAUGGAUAGGCGGGUCAUCUUACUUGUG